AAACGGUUAGGCUUACAUUCCCAAUCAUAACAACAAAACAAAAAUUAAGAAUCCAAAGAUUAAACCAAGAAAAACAAAGGGAUAUCGAUAUGAAAUUUCCAACACUGCUACUAAAACAUUGCCAUUUUAUCAUCCUUCGUUAGCAGCAAAUCAUAAAUAUAUAUACAUAUAUAUGUCAAUUUUUAUUCAUUCAAUCAUUAUCUAGUAGUUUAAAUCUAUUUUCUUCCUCAACCCCUCAUUGCAAAACCAAAUAGAACCUCAACAGUCAAAACGAAUUAGGCAUUGAAGACCGAUUAAGCUUCCAUGUUGAAAACCACCGGAGCCACGUUCCUAGCCAUAGCCACCUCUUUCUUUAUUCUCCUCUUUUCUCCCCCUCCAAAAUCAUAUUAUCACUCGCUGUUUAUAUCCAGUUCCCUGUCCGAUAAUGCCUCCAUAUCUCACCACCUCCGCACCCUCACCCGCCGCCCACAUGUUGCAGGCUCCCAAGCCAACGCUGAGGCUGCAUCCUAUGUUCUUUCAACACUCUCCGCCUGCAACAUCAAGGCACAUAUCGUCUCCUAUGAUGUUUUAUUAACCUACCCAGAUUCACGUUCCUUGACUCUGACACCUUCUCCUUCAGAACCGCCUAUAACUUUUGAUCUCAAGCAGGAAAUAUACGAGGGUGAUCCCUAUGCAGAUGUGGCUGAUGAAGUGCUGCCUACUAACCACGCAUAUGCCAAGUCUGGUUCGGUUGUCGGGCCAGUGGUUUAUGUGAACUAUGGGCGGGUGGAGGACUACGGGACAUUGAAAGAAAUGGGAGUGAACGUUACUGGUACUGUGGUUUUGGCGAGAUACGGAGAGAUUUAUAGGGGAGACAUUGUGAUGAAUGCGUUUGAAGCUGGUGCUAUUGGGGCACUGGUGUAUACUGAUAGGAAAGAUUAUGGAGGUGGGGGAGGUGAUGCAAAGUGGUUUCCCGAUGACAAAUGGAUGCCGCCGAGUGGGGUUCAGGUGGGAACAGUCUAUAAUGGGUCUGGUGACCCCACUACGCCUGGAUGGGCUAGCAGUGAAGGGUGUGAGAGGGUGUCAAUUGAGGAGGUGGAGAGCAGUGGAGAUGUUCCUUUAAUACCCUCGAUGCCGAUAUCAGGUGCGGAUGGUGAAACAAUCUUGAGGUUAAUUGGUGGACAAAUUGCAAAAGAUAAUUGGCAGGGAAGCAUAGAUGCCCCAACUUACAGAGUUGGACCAGGACCAGGAGUUGUGAAUCUCGAGUACAAUGGGAAACAAGUCAUAGCAACAAUUCAAAACGUCAUGGGUGUUAUUGAAGGAGUGGAGGAGCCCGAUCGGUUCGUCAUUCUGGGCAAUCAUCGUGAUGCAUGGACAUUUGGAGCUGUCGAUCCCAACAGUGGUACUGCAGCACUGCUAGAGGUUGCACAAAGACUCCAGAAACUACAAAGAAGUGGUUGGAAACCACGACGAACAAUUAUUUUGUGCAAUUGGGAUGCUGAGGAGUAUGGCUUGACAGGAUCGACAGAAUGGGUAGAAGAAAACAGAGACUUGUUGGCUUCAAGGGCGGUUGCAUACUUAAAUGUUGACUGCGCGGUAUCUGGAGCAGGAUUUCAUGCUUCUGGAACUCCACAACUUGAUGAUCUGCUCAAACAAGCUGCACAACAGGUUCAAGAUCCAGAUAACUCAUCACAAACAAUCUACGAACAAUGGAUUCAGUCCACUGAGUCUUCUCUGAUUGGACGAUUAGGAGGAGCAGGUUCUGAUUAUGCAGCUUUUCUGCAACAUAUUGGUGUUCCAGCAGCUGACAUGCGUUUCGGAGCAGGAUACCCAGUAUAUCACUCAAUGUAUGAUGACUACACCUGGAUGGAAAAUUUUGGGGACCCAAUGUUUCAUAGAAAUGUUGCAGUGGCUAGCGUUUGGGGUUUAGUUGCUCUUCGGCUGGCAGAUGAAGAGUUCUUGCCUUUUAAUUAUCACUCCUAUGCAUUGGAACUCCAGAAGCGUGCAGAAGACCUGGAAAAUGAGAUUUCAGAUAAGGGCAUAACCUUUUCUCCCUUGUUCAAGUCUAUCGAGGAGCUAUCAAAAGCAGCCAGAAAGAUAAAUAACCAGAAAAAGGAAAUAAAAGAAGCUAAAGGUUGGACAUCAAUGAGGAGAAACGACCAUGUCAAAGUACGUGAACUCAAUGAUAGACUAAUGAUGGCAGAACGGGCAUUUACGGACCGUGAUGGACUUCUUAGAAGGCCAUGGUACAAACACUUGAUUUAUGCACCAUCAAGGCACAAUGAUUAUGGAUCUACAUCCUUCCCAGGAAUAGAUGAUGCAAUUGAAAAUGCAAAGAAUCUGAACACUGCCGAAUCAUGGCAUGUGGUACAACAUGAAGUUUGGAGAGUUGCUAGAGCUGUCAAGCAUGCCUCCUUAGUCCUUGAUGGAAAACUCACAUGAAUUCUGCAAGAUGGACCUACCCUUGAGACAGCAAUAUACUUCAGUGAGAGUGAGGGACAUGAGAGAGAUCUAGAUUAUAGAAAAUUCACUUACUUCCUUGCCAGAUUACAUUAAAAUCAAUCAUCAGUACUGAGCCUUAUUUCAGGUAUUUCUAUGUCAGAAUUUCAUACUAUAGUCACAGCUUUCAUGAAGGGAACAACAAAAUGGGAAUAGCAUUGGCAUCGAGAAUUAAGGCAAAUAGACCAACUAAUGCAAAAAUCAAUAAGUUCAUUCAACCUGAUUUGGCAUUAGCGUUAUGUUCGUCUCAAA